GCUUUUGUUUAGUAUGUUGUCGUUAACUUUAUUAGUAGAGUGAAGUGCCUGACAUUAUGUGGACUCGUGUGUGGUUCGUCGCCGCAUGCGCAGUGUACGCUGCAGGUGACAUCACAGCUCCCGCGCAAGAAACUUUAAAUAUCGGUGAUGCAUUGGAAACUUCAAUCGAGACCUUUAAGUACGAUAACUUCAUUUGUAGCUUAGAGACACCAAAUAAUGAAAUAAUCCAAUUCGUGCAACACAAUGAUUGGAAUAGAGAAAAAUAUGAACUACGAGCGCCGAAUCCUAUGACUGGAUGUGCUGUUACUGUCACCAUAACUGGUCCUGAAGAUAACGGAAUAUGGAGGCUGUUCAUUGAAUUCGAAGACAAAACACCUGUCAGUAGAUUUUUUAAUGUCUUUGUUAAAGGAAUCCAAGAUAGCGAUGCAUUAAACAACGAUGAAAGAGAAAUAGAAAACCUCGGCUCAAAAUUUAUUACUACUCAUGUUGGAGCUUUACAUAAAGUUAUUAUUAAUAAAUAUGAUUUAUUAAAAACUGAAAGCUGUCAUUUAAUAAGCAACGAUGGCACAGAAUAUAACAAUACGAACAUAGAAAGUGCAAUCAACAAAUUUAUAUGGAUAGAAGAUAACAAUGUAGCAUGUGGAGUUCAAUUUGUAGCUGGGGAAAAUAUGAUUGGAAACUGGAUAUUGUUCUCAAGAGAAAUUAGACAUUCUAUUGAUAGAAUUGAAAAAAGACUAUCUUUUAAUAUCUACAUCGAAGAACAUGUUGAAGCUAUGCCUGAAGAAAUUAUAGUUGCAGCUGGUAACAAUGUUCAUAUACGUUUAGUUAAUUCUCCACCAAAAUACCUUCAACAAACUUGUAAGCUUGUGGGGCCAAAUCAAGAACUGACUCAACGAAAUUACGACAGAGACGACAACAAUAUUGAAUCAUGUGGUUUUAUAAUAAGAAAUAUUCAAACCAUGGAUAAAGGAAUUUGGCAUAUCAUAUUUGGGAACAGCAUUAUAUACAAAGCACCCGUCCAAAUUACUGUUAUCGGAGAAGAUGGAGAUUUCACACGUUAUCUGAAAUGGACUAUAGACAGCUCUGUAGAUGUGUCACUUGGUCCAGAAAACGCAACAUAUUGCCGAGUUGCAGAUCCAGCAGGUCGUACGGUUUUCGAAAACUUUAGCCAGUGUCGCAUCACCUUGGAUAGAGUCUCUCAAAACCACAAAGGAACUUGGAUUUUGAUUGUGGGCUCACCGGGCAGGAUUAUAACAGAGGAACAUAGGAUCGACGUCUUCGUGACCGAUCUAGAACCGAGACCAAAGGUAAUCACAAGCGUAGAGAAACAGCAGACAGAGGUACUCUUAUCAUGCGUACUUCCUGGUGACCACCAGCUGCGAACCUGUAAGUUCAGGGACCCCCAAGGCAGGGUGCUCCUUGCUUUGGAAGGCGUAGAAGAAGACCGCUACUCAUUCCACGAAGGAAACGUUAAUCAUGAAUCUAAUGUCAGCACUGUCAGCUGUGCUCUUCGUAUUAAAAACCCAGUUAAUACAGACCUCGGAAUCUGGCGGUGCGCUAUGGAGACUGCUGAUGAUGAUGUGUACUUCGGUUUCUUGCAAGUGGCUGACAAUGUCGUCACAGAACCUACUUUAUCUGCUUAUGAAAGUUAUAUAACCAGAGUAGAAGGAGAGUCUGUGACUAUGAGUUGCUCGAUUCAGUCCGAAAUUAGGUACUGCUACUUCAGAGCUGAUAAUGGAACUAUCUUCAAUGUCAAUCCUGGAAUGAGUACAGACAGUAUGGAAUACGUGGGUGCCGGUUUCGAGGCCGGCGAGUGUGGUGUGAUGAUGCACAAGCUUCAACAAGUGGACUCCGGCCUUUGGAGCUGUCAUGUAGGCCUGCCAGGAAACUCUUCUAUGUUCGCACCAGAACAACAGAAGGGCAUAAUGAUCGAUAUAUUACCAAUUUUCAAAGUAUCUCAGGGGUUCAGGCAUAUUCAGGGUGGUAUGGAAGUGACCGGCCGCAUUUACGAGUCACGCGCAGUGGAUUAUUGCCGAUACAUACGCAUCGAUGGGCAAGGAUUCACAGAUGACAAUCUACCGAUAUAUUACUACAGCUCGAGUGACACCGACAAUGGUAUCUGCAGAUUAUAUAUUAGGAAUCCUACGCUUAUUGAUAAGCAUCCGUGGACGAUCGUCACGAGGGUGCGAGGGCAACGCGAGGAAAUAUCCAGAACCACAAAUCCCAACUUUAUUUUGCCACCGACACCGCUGCCACCGCCAGUACCACAACCACCAAAUAACAUUAACUCUUGGCACGCGGCCAGAUUUUGGAUUAUGAUCACGAUGCUGAGUGUGACCAUUGUCUUCUUUGGCCUUAUAAUGUCUGCGCAGAAGAAUAGACGCUGGACCUCGGAGAGGGCGGCGGCUUUUAGAAACAGCUUCCGUUAUAAGAAGAAUCCUGACACAAGGAAUGAGAAUUCGCAAGUGUCAGCUGCUUAAAUUUUUAAAGUAAUUCUUAUUUAACCUUCAUUAAUUAAAAUUUAUGUAUUAUCU